UAGAACUUUUCGUCGCAUUAUCGCAGCCAUGUAUAAGCGUGUGUUCGUUUGCGGAGUGUUGUUUUAGCCGUAAAAUUCAACUACUCGAUUUAUUUGUCGAUUUGUUUGUGUCUUACCUCCUUACGUAUUUUGUUUCAUACCUGAUAAUGAGAUAACAACUAAAUGAAAAAUUAGUGAACAAGAAAGUUUAUUAUUGUAUUUAAUAUUACCGAUGAUAAUUUGAGAUAUACACGUUAGUAGCACAAUAAUAAUGAUUUUUACGUUCGUAUCAAAAUAAAUUAAUCUUGCUUUAUUUAAUAUUUCUUCCAUAAAUAAAAAUUCAGAAACGCUAGUGAAUUUACGUUCAGUUAUAUAGUAGUGUAUGUGCGUGUGAAAGCCCGACGUAAUUCUGUGUCAGAUAAAGAAUCAUAGUAGCUAACGGUGGCCGACCACCAUGGAGAAAAAACCGAAAGAGAAACGAAGAAAUUCUGAAAGGCGCAAAGAAAAAUCAAGAGAUGCUGCUAGAUCCAGACGUAGUAAGGAAACUGAAAUAUUUACAGAUCUAGGAACGGCACUACCAUUGCCGAAAACAAUUAUAAAUCAGUUAGACAAAGCAACUGUGAUGCGACUUACUAUUGCAUCUUUUAAAAUCGUUGAUGCUCUUUCCUCAAUGCACAUUGAUAAUAAAAUAAACGAGAAAGAAGAACCAAAACAUUUAAGUGAAAUAUGCAAUAAAGCUUUAGAUGGAAUCGUUUUAAUAACAACGUCCGAUGGAGAUAUAGUGUUUGUUUCAGAAAACGUAUCCAACUACUUAGGUUUAUCACAGAUUGAUUUAAUUGGCCAGUCGGUUUAUGAGUUCGCGCACCUUUGCGAUCAAUCUGAACUAAAAGAAAUGUUAACUGCUAAAGAUAUUGGAGUACAAAAGUCUUUUUUUAUACGAAUGAAAUGUACUUUAACUAACAAAGGUCGCAACGUAAAUUUGAAAUCUGCAUCUUAUAAGGUACUACAUUUUACGGGACAUUCUUUAAUUAAUUCAAGUGCCAAGCGAAAAGCAAUAUUAUCAGAAGAAGACUCCGAUUCUGACUACGAGUCUGAUAAAAAAAUCGAUUCUGAUACAAAAAUUAAUCAUGAAUAUUUAAAACACGAAUCGUUAGUUCGUAAUGAAGUAUCCCAAAUAUUCGUAUCAAUUGCAGAACCAAUACCACAUCCGUCGAAUAUUGAAAUACCAUUGUAUAAACAAAGCAAAAUAUUUUUCAGUAAACAUUCAUUGGAUAUGAAAUAUUUAAUUGCCGAUGACGUGAUAACAAAAUAUUUAGGUUAUGAACCACAAUCAUUAAUAUCAAAAUCCAUUUUUGAUUAUUAUCACGCCCAGGAUUGUAACUCUAUUGAAAAGAGUUUUAAAAUUUUGUUUCAAAAAGGCCAAGUGGAAACAAAUAAAUUCAGAUUUUUAGCCAAAGGAGGAGGCUAUGUAUGGAUUGUAACACAAGCUACCAUUCUUAAUGAUCAUAAAGGUCAAAAACCAGAGAGUGUUAUGUGUAUUAACUAUAUUGUCAGUGAGGUUGAAAACAGAGACGAAAUAUACUCUUUAUGUCAGGUACCUCAACAAACUACAACCUCUGUAAUUGCCUCCAACGUGACAGCCGUAAAGCCGCCGAUAUCUAUUGUACCAGAAAAGCCACAAAAACUAGUUGUAAAAAAGUCGUGUACCGAAAAACUUUUUAAGCCGAAGUGUUUGGUAGACUCAUCUACGUUCUUGUUGCCGGCUGGCGACGGUCCAGUAUCUUUGGACCCUAAGGAGUUUCUACCGAUUGUCUUGCCUAUACCAAACAAAAAGAAGGCGGUUUCAUUUUCGGACAGUCCAAAAGCUACUACGGCAAAAAUUUUUGUGCCAAGAACCGAAGAUAUGAAUAAAGGAUUUUUGACGUUUUCUGAUGAUGAUACAGGCCUUACAAUUCUCAAAGAUGAGCCUGAAGACUUGACACAUUUAGCUCCAACAGCUGGUGAUGUUUGUGUGCCACUUGACACCUGUGGUCUCAAUAGUCUUGGAUUUGUUGUAUCUGACGUCCUUGAUGAUUUGAUACUUACUGAUUGUUCAUUGGCUCCUUUUGACUCUAUGUCACAAAACUCUCUUCACGAUUCUUAUUCAAACAGAUCAUCAUCGCCCAUGCAACAAUUCAGUGAUGAAAUGUCACAAUCACCGGGUCUAUAUGAUCCAACCACUUGUGCACUUUUAGGAAUGGACUUGGAUAGCAAUCAGAGUGAUUUGGAUUUAGAUUUAUCAUUAAAAAACCAGUUUAUACCCAUGUAUGAAGACGAUCUGUAUCCACUCUUAUCAGGUGACUUAUGGGGAAUAACAGAGAGAUCUCCAUCACCAAAUUCUGGUCCAGCUAAUUGGCACACCCCAGAGACAAUUAAAUCACAAGAAAAAAAAGAUAUAGCCUCUCCUAGUCUGGCAAAACUUCUAAAAACCGAGGCCAACUCAGCCAGACCUCAUUUUGAUAGUGGUGGUAUGAUAGAUGGAGGUGGUGAUUCUUGGGGUUCAAUUAGUAAAAUGUUACAUCAGCGUUAUAACUCUAGUUCAACUGAUUCUAGGGAUGAUGUUGAUAAAAGAUCUACUAAUGGUGUUAAAAGAGUGGGGCCUAAUGUGAAUGCUACUACUCAAUCUUGGAAACGAUGCAAACAAGAAGAAACAGCUAAACAAGGGACAUCCAGCAGUGUUUUAAUGAAUUUACUGGUGAGCGGAUGUGAUGGUGUAACCAAACUAGUUGGAAAAGAUGUGGUGGUCAAAAAUUGUACUCAACCAAGACAUCGUUCACGGUUAAAAAGUGCAUAUUUGCUGGAUCCUAGUAGCACAGCAAUUCCUUCAUUGUUGGAUUUAACAGAACAGGAUUAUGAUGUAAAUGCACCUGCUGGAGGGGAAUUGCUUCAAGGGUCCGAAUUGCUUAAAGCUUUGGAAAUCGGCAACAUUACCACAUAGCUUAAGAAUUCCAAGAUACUUUUUAUAAAAUAACCAUUUUAUCUUAUUAUUACUAUUUUUAUCAUUAUGUUUAAAAUUGUGUUACAAAAGUAUGUUUAGAAUUUUAAUAUGAGCGGAGUAUUAUCUAUUAAAAUUAUCAAAAAAAUUACUUCAAAUUUCCUUAUUUUCUAUUUAACUAAGCAUAAAAUAUUUUCAUUGCUUUCUAUUAAGUAUAUACUUUAACCCAACAAUAUAUAUAUUGAUGAUUUACAUUAAUUCAUAAUAACAUAAGAUGUUUAAAUAAAAUCAAAAAUAUAACAUUCCCACAGUUUGGAAAUUAGUUCAAUUUGUUUUUUCUUAAUUUUUUUCUUAUAAAAUAGCACUUUCAUACCUAAAUGAAAUAUAUUGAUUACUUGAUUUUAUUUGGAAGUACUUAAAGAAAAAAUUAUUUUUUAUCUAUUGAAUUCAAUGGAAACAGCAAAAAAUUUAAAUGCUGUUUUUUGUAGUUUUUUAAUUAAACAAAUUUCUGCAUAUAAAUUUUCAUUGUUAUCUUGAAAAAAUAAUUUUACUAACUUAACAGGGUAUUGUUUAUAUGAAAUAAUAAUAUUUCACUAAGAUUUUAAUGCUCCGCUCAAUUUGCAAAUUAUUAUGAAUUUAAGUUUUUGAAUUUACUUAUAAUUUUGUUUGUUUACCACUUAGAAUUAUUAUUUUUAAAACAUAUACUGAAAAAUAUUUUGUACACUAUGUGCUAGGUUAAAGGCUUUAUAGUGAAACCACUGUUACAUACUUUGUACAUUUGAUCAGCAUAUUGGUUAAUUAGAUAACAAGAAUAGAAAAGGAAAUAUUUUCGUAUAAUUGUUUAUAUUGUAAACCAGCUGAAUCAGAGUCGUAAUCUCUAUUUAGAUUAGGUUUCCAAAAUUUGUAUACUCAAAUUAUACUAUGAAAUUGAUUAUUAAUUGAUUUUGUUCUUAUGCUGUAAUAAAUUGAAUAGGAGUUGUAUUCUCUAUUCGGAUUCGGUUUCUGUAUGAAUCUUCUUUAUUCUUUUAAUUUGUUUAAUGGAGUAGAUGGUAUAACUGAAGAUGUGAUAAUAUAUAAAAAUUUUUGUUCUAUACAUCAAUGAAACUUAGAUUGAAAAAAAGUAACAGUGAACAAUUAUGAUAUUUUGGACAAAUAUUAUUGGGGUGUUAUGGUUUUUUUUAAAAUAAUUGUCAAUUUAUCAUGCGAUUAUAAUACAAUGAAAGGUUCUACAGAACGCGUCUGAAUGCUCAAAUAUUAUUUUGUAUAAUUCUUUUUUAGAUGGAAAAAUUGUAUUUAAGUGAUAUUUAUAAGGAAGAAUAUUUUGUGAGUGUACAUUUAUAAUAUUUUUCAUAGAUUUUCUUUAAUUUGUUUAUUUUAUUGAAUUUUUGUUCUCUUUUAUUAUUAUAUAUUAUAUAUGUUUUUUUAAAUAUAUACCAUAGAAUUUAGGUUAGCUUUGCUACCCUAUGAUAAUUA